AUGCAGAGAGUAACACUUUUUGUCAAUGGAACAAACGUUUCAAAUGGCAAGGUAUUUAUGGUACCUAAAUCAAUUGACGAACUCCUAACAGCAGCCAGUUCAAAAUUUAAUAUCACUGCCAAAAGACUAUUUAAUGCUCAAGGAGGAGAAAUUGAUGAUAUUAAUUUAGUUCGGGAUGAUGAUGUUUUGUAUGUUUCAUGUGGAGAAGACUUCAUUCCAAAAAAUAAGCUCUGCAGUCAUAAUCAAUUAAACACAUUUUCAGAAUGGAUCACAUUAAAUGUUGGUGGGAAAUAUUUUACCACAACGAGAGAUACGUUGACAAAAAAGGAACCAAUGAGCAUGUUGGCCAGAAUGUUUACAGACGCUACAGGCACGGAACAGAGAAUCUUACCUAGCAGACAAGACAAAAAUGGUGCAUUUUUGAUUGAUAGAAGUCCUAUGUAUUUUGAGCCGUUGUUGAAUUAUUUAAGACUCGGACAAAUGAUACUUGAUGCCAAUGUCAAUACAGCGGGUGUUUUGGCUGAAGCACGGUUUUAUGGAAUAGAGGGUGCCAUUGAUAUAUUGACCGCUAUGGCAGAAGAAGACGAACUGCAAAGGAAUGGUUUGGUGUCUCUUACACGAAAGGAUGUACUUAAAGCGAUUAUGUCGACAUCAGCAACUUCGAAACUCAGAUUUCAAGGCGUCAAUUUCGUCGGCGCAGACUUGUCGAAGUUAGAUCUUAGGAAUAUCAAUUUUAAGUACGCAAUUAUGCGCGGCUGCAGCUUGGCAGGAUCAAAUUUAUCUGAUUGUUGCUUCGAACGAGCAGAUCUGUCUCAUGCAAAUUUACAAGGCGCUCAAUUAAUUCGUGUCAGAAUGCUGUGUGCUAAUUUAGCCGCUGCCAAUCUUCAUUCGUGUAAUUUCGAGGACCCCUCAGGUGUACCCGCUAAUAUGGAAGGUGUCAAUCUCAAAGGUGCCAACCUCGAGGGCAGUAUCAUGGCUGCCGUAAAUCUUAGAGUAGCAACGUUAAAAAAUGCUAUUUUAAGAAACUGUAUUCUUAGGUCAGCAGUUUUAGCCGGUGCGGAUUUAGAGUGCUGUGACUUAUCGGGAUCCGAUUUGCAAGAGGCGAAUUUACGCGGCGCCAACUUUAAGGACACUGCGUUCGAUUUGAUGUUAACGCCAUUACAUAUGUCUCAAACGAUACGAUGAACACGGCUUAACUUCUGUGAUGUAGAAAUUUAUUUUAUGAUAUUUUGAUAGACUUAUAAUGUUUUUAAGUCUUUACGCCUAAUUUUUGUUAAACUGCGUGUGCAAAUUAUUUUUGCAUUAGAAACAUACGGCUUAAUGAAUAUGCAACUUCCGCUUUUUAAAUUAAAAACGAGUUAUGAUUUGUUAAAAUAAUUAACGUAUAACAUUUCGAGCAUCGAUUUACUUUAAGUACAGUUUCGUGUUUCAUUUUUCGUAUGCGUCUGUUCUGAAGAAACGCGUAGUAAUGCGGUGAACUAGUACUUCUUUAGUUUUGCACAAUUUUUAUUUAAUGCAACCAUGUGCGUUAAUGUAUCAGUGUAAAUCAGACGUAAAAUACUUGUAUGGGAAGUACGUUUGAAUUAGGGAAAGUAUAUUCCUGUUAUGUAAUAUACGUACUAACAUCUGUAUUUAAAAUUGUGAUUGAGAUGCGGCAGAUGUAUGUAAAUUGUAUGAUUGUACAAUAAAUAUUUAAGUUAUUUAUAGUGUUUUAUCGAAA